AUGGUAAAGGCCAUAAAAGGAGCACUAAUUGAGUGUGACCCAUCUAUUAAGCAAAUAAUAAUAAGACUCAACAGAGAAAGUAAUUUUAUAAUACAGGAGAUAGAUGACAAUACAUUAUUUAUAGAUAACAAGUAUAUAAGACGGAUUGAGGAAGAGACAGAGAGGAUGCUAAGCUAUAUAGUAAAAAAGAAUUUUGAAUAA